AUGGAAAUGCCGUCGCCGGAAGACAUCAUAAACCAUUGGAUCUCAGCUUCGAUUAGAAUCUCAAAUCUAAUAAUCUUUACUUCCAGAAUGAAGGUAUUUGUCUGCUUGUUGGCUUCUCUGGCUCUGGCCAAUGCUGGUGGCUUCCGCGGUGGUGCCGGCGGUGGUGCAGGCGGUGGCUACCUGCCCGGCGGAGGACGCGGUGGUGGCGCCGGUGGCUUCGGUGGCCGCCCGGCCAUUGGAGCUGGUCUGGUGUCCCACGUCUCCCAGUCGCAGGGCAACACUAAGGUCCACAUUGGCGGUGGCUCGGCUGGCGGCGGCGGUGCCUACGGAGCUGGUGGCCUCGGCGGUGGAGCUGCCUCCUAUGGCGGUGGUGCUGGACUUUCCUCUUACGGCGGCGGUGCUAAGGCUUCCUACGGCGGUGGAGCAGCUGCUUACGGUGGUGGUGCCGGAUCUUAUGGCGGUGGUGCCGGAUCUUAUGGCGGUGGUGCUGGAUCUUAUGGCGGCGGACGCGGUGCCGGUGGCUGGCAGGGAGCCGGAGCUGGUCGUGGAGCUGGAGGAGCUGGAGGGGCCAACGCCUGGGGCAACCCCGCCGAGUUCGAUUACACGGUUAACCACGCUUCCAGUGCUGGUGGUGCCGGUGGUGCUGGUGGUGCUGCCUAUGGUGGUGGCUCCCGUGGUGGUGCUGGCUGGUGGAACGAUUAA